AGCAACAUGUCACUCAACUACUUCCCCUGAUAACCGACAAACCGUUUCCUCCUCUCCCCCUUAAUCCUCACACGAGUCACAAAGAAGCAGAUAGAGAGAAGAAGAUAAACAACCAUACCGGAAUUCCGUCGCCGUCGAAAGAUUUCGGUAUUUCAAAUGGUUCAGUUGUUCUUAAGAGAAGAAGCUAAGAGGAAAGAAGACGUGCGCGAGGAAGAUAGUGAACGUGCAAAGCGAAUGAUAUGGCUUUUGAAGGAACUAGAAUCAGUUAUUUGGUCACUGAUUACUCGAUCAGAAGCACGUUUAUGGCUUUACAACACUAUAUCAUGCAUCACCUCCCUUACUCCUUACCAAAAAAGAGAGCUUUUUGUGAGCUUAUUGAGGACGACGAGCAAGAAAGGUUUAGCUUCCCAGCUCUGGCAAUUGAUUUUUCAGAAGAGACCGCACGAAGCAGGAACACUUUUGGCCGAGAGAAGUUAUGUGCUUGAGAAAUUCUUUCAAGGAAAUCAAACCCGUAUAUUGCAAUGGUUUUCCAACUUCUCUAGUACUGGAUUAAGGCAUAAAAAAGGUGCCAAAGCGCUUUCCCAAUUCGCGUUUGUGCAUCGAAAUAUAUGUUGGGAGGAGCUUGAGUGGAAGGGUAAACAUGGGCAAUCCCCUGCUGUGGUUGCAACCAAGCCACAUUACUUUCUUGAGUUGGAUAUCCUACGAACGGUGGAAAAUUUUCUUGAAAAUGUGCCUGACUUUUGGACUUCUAGAGAGUUUGCUGACUCGUUAAGAGAUGGUGAUAUUUUUUUCGUCGAGACUAAAUUCUUUGUAGAUUUUUUUGUGGGGUUGAUGUAUGAAGAGGAUUCAAGAGAUGUAUGGGAAGUCAUUAAUGAGUUUCUCAUGGAGGAGUCUUUCUCUGUUUUGUGUCAGCAUCUACUUAUCACACUUGAAGAGCAGGAGUUCUGUGCUUUUCUUGAAUCACUUUGUAAAUAUUUGAAUCGGAGAAUGGAGCCGAAUGAUUUUGGGGACUCUUCUUGCCUGCUUGAGUUUGUGCUCUCUAAAUUCAAUGGUUAUGAAUCUAUUGAUCAGUUGCUCCUGUUGAAUGCGGUUAUUUAUCGAGGACGUCAACUUCUAAAGCUCUUGCAUGAUGAAGAAUCCCAGGAGGAACAGGCAAAAAUUAAUGAUAUUGUGUCUCAUAUCUGCUCAAUUUCAAGCAGUGCUAACAGCUUUGUCCCUAUACUGAAUGAGUGCCUAAAGAUGAAAACCACAGGAGGAAUCAAGAUCUUGGGGCUGCAGUCAUGGGCCUUUCAUUAUGCAUUAUCAGAGAAAUGCCAGAGUCCAGAGGCCUGGGAAUCUUUAUUUUCAAAUAAUGGUAUAAGUUUCCGCAAAUCUGAUAGAUUCGCGCUGCUGCAUGGUGAUGAAUUGUUGGAAGAAAAUGACUCUGAAAUGGAUGAUAGAGCAUCAACUAAAAGAAAGAGCAGGAAGAAAAAGAAAAGUAAAAAGAAAAGGAAAAGGAACUCCGAUGAUGACGACAGCUAUGACCAUGGUCUGCUGGAUUUAGACACAUCAAAUAGUAAACUAGGUUUGCAAGCUAGGGAUGGGAGCUGGUUGCUCUCAACAGAUGGGUUUUCUGCAUCAUGGACUAAUGCAGAUCUGCCGGAACACCUCUCAAAGUUUUGCUUUUCCACGUGGAUGAAGUGGGCAUUUGCUAAGUGGAGGAACGUGGCUUAAUUUUAUGCGGCUUAGCUAUUAGCUAUUUCUGCUAGGGUAUUGUGUAGAGGUGCAGGGGAAGGAGGGGAGAUGUCUCCUUUCUUUAGGUUUCAUCUCUUUGAUAGCUGAUGAUUCACAUUCUUUUCAGUGGGUCAAGAAUUGACUCGGAGCACAUCCAGAUGAAUGCCAAGCAUUUCUGCUUUGAUGAAUAAACUAGGAGAUCUCAUGACUGCAUUUGGGCAUCUCAUUAGGCGUGGACUUGCUGCCAGACUAAGCUAUAGGUUUAAAAGUUUGCCAGAAAAACAUUCAUCUGCCAUCAGUAAUGCUGCAAGGGUUGAGCCUCAAGCUUCUGUCAUGCAACAGAAUUGCAUCUCUUCGGACUACAUGUUUUCUAGGGUAACAUAACCCCAUUAUACCAGCAGCAUUCAAUUUCUUAGCUCGAUUGGGCUAAUCGUGGCCUGGUCCAAUCUUCAUCGGGUGUAUAAGAUCAGUUUUUGGAAGCAAGACAAGACUGUAACUUUUGGUUUCCAAGGAUGGUGGCAAGUUUCAUCACCAGGAAACUUUUCAUGUUCAUACAAUUUGGUGCUAAAUUUUGGUCCUUGCUAACCUAGCAAGUUUCUAAUA